AUGUCAAACUAUUCAAUCAUCGUCUUGUUCGCCUUGAUCUCCUUCAUCUACGCUUGCCCUGGAUUAUUCGGAGGACUUGGAGGAGGAAGCUCGUGUGGAUGUCAGCCACCACCACCGCCAAGCUGUGGAUGUGGAGGAGGGGCUUCUUCCAUCUUUGGCGGUGGUCGUAAGAAGAGAUCUACUGAAAAUCCACUUUGCAAUGCUGAAGAGCUUCGAGAGACUCUUGAUUUUAAUAUGCAUCCGAAUCAAAUCGAUUCUUCGAAAUCUCUCCAAUCCGCUUUGGAACAACAAUUCCAGUCAAGAUUCGUUGUUGUCUGCUCCAAGGAUCCAUUCAACUUCGCUACACACAAUUCCACCGCAUUCUGUAGCAUCAAGAAGAAUGAUCAAUACUGUCAAGCAUUCGCAUUUUAA